UGCUUAUAGAUGCGUUUGGCAAUGCUUCUACGCGACUUCUCUCCUCUGCAGUCACAUGUCAACACCACCAACAAAUGUCCGCUCUCCCAAUAUUUUUUACGUCAACGAUUUUUCGUUUGUGAAAUUGUUUGUUAAAAAUUGUUAGGCUCAGCUUCAAAAUUCCUUGUUAAUUUGCAGCCGGCGGACCAGCUGCUUUGGCAACGAACAAACAACGGACACACAGGAUAAGGACUAUCCUAGACACCAUCUAGCAUCAAAGCAGCCACGCUCCACGAUCCUCGUGCCAUCGUUGCCAUCACCACACUGCCCGAGAUGACUCCCAAAGACCAGUCUCCCACUCAACGCAGAAGCACCAUCAGCAUGUCAGCCACGAAACGUCGCAACUGGUACUACAAUCCCGUCUCGAAGAUCCAAUCGAUCAUCCACAACUUGGACGCUGAGCUGGGGCAGCUAUGCAGUCAGUGUUCGGUGCCAAAUCCGCCGAGUAGCAGCAAUAUUAACGUCAGCAUGAACAACAUCACCUCCGGGGCCACCGUUGCCGCUGGAGGAAUAGGAUCAGGAGCCAUCACCCGGCACAAGAGUAUGAUAAGCAACCAGAAUAGCAUCAAUAAGUUACUGGCGCGAGCACAGUCCAAAUUGACCUCUGGCCUUACCACAACAAUAUCUCUGGCACCCGAUGCACAGAAGCGUCAGCUGAGGCACGUUUACCGGACGCGGGUCAUCAAUGCCUAUCGCAACCGGAAGAUCUUUACGGUGUACGGCAACUAUAAUACAGUGCGACAGGCCCUCGUGAGUCGGGGCUGGCUGGAGAAGCUGCCGGCUUCGCGGUACGCCGCGCUGCAGUCCAUGUCCGAGGAUAUCCUGCUGGAGAAUGCGCGAAGAGGCAACGACUACGAGACGGUGGUCAUUUCAAAGAUGAUCAACCAAUUUCCAGCCUUCUUCAUUUGGCAGAGUAAGGCUCAGCGCGAUCUGUUCGCCGACGCGAGGCCAUUCCGCAACCGGGUGAGGCGCAGCCAGUCCCUGGACUUCUCCACCAAGGUGGGUCUGGUCGGGUGCGCCGAGCAGGAGCGUUGGUUUCGCGAGGACGGCGUCUGCGGCAUGAGCUAUCCGCGCUUCUACCGCCUGGGCGGCAAAAACGAGGAGGAACGCAAAGCCUUCAUAGAGGACUACCAGCAGACACAGGCACGCUCCCUGCUUCGCUACAUCCUGGAGCAUAAGCCCGACGAGCUGAUAGACAUUGACAAUGGCACUAUCGCGAGCAGCAACCUGGACUUUGCCCUGACCAAGGUUAAGCGAAUGGUCGAACAGGCGCAGCACAACUCCCUCGACGAUGCUCGGUUCAAGCCACCCACCGCAGCCGAAUUCGUGGAGACCCAAACGUUUAUGCUGCAGUCGGCUGAGGUCCUAAAGUCGAAGGCCAAGUUCCGGGUGACCCAGAAUAUCAUGACGGAGUACGCUCGUCUGGCGACUCAAUUUCUCGAGCAGAUCGAGGCCCUAUGUCCCGAUUAUCGCUGGGAUGGCUGCCGCAACCUGUGGAUCCUCAAGCCUGGCUAUCAGUCGCGAGGAAUUGGCAUCGUUAUACGCAACAGCCUGAAUGAUAUCCUCCAAUGGACAUCAAACAAUCAGAACAAAAAGUACAUAGUCCAAAAGUACAUAGAACGCCCAUUCUUGGUGUAUCGCACAAAGUUCGACAUACGACAGUACAUGCUGCUGACAGUCGGGGAAUCCAAGGUAACCGUCUGGGUAUAUCGCGAUUGCUAUCUGCGUUUCAGCUCCCAAGAGUUCACGAUGGACGAUCUGCGGGAAUCGAUUCAUCUGACCAACAAUUCUGUGCAGAAGCGCUACAAGAACAAGCUGAAUCGCGAUCCCCAUCUGCCGAAGCACAACAUGUGGUCGCUGGAUCAGUUCAAGACCCACCUACGUCAUGUGGGUGCCCCGGACGAAACCUGGUCGAAGAUCUACAAUGGCUUCAAGCAGAAUCUGGUGGCCGUGGUGAUGGCAAGCCUGGAUAAGACCGAACUGGUGAAGAACGCCUUCGAGCUGUAUGGCUGUGACUUCAUGCUGGACGAGCACUACAAUCCCAUCUUAAUUGAGAUCAACGCAACGCCGGAUCUGACACCCUCGACGGCGGUUACUGCCAGGAUUUGUCCCCAUGCCGUGAAGGAUUGUAUACGUGUGGUGGUGGAUCUGGCCAAGAAUCCCUCGGCACCCACGGGCCAGUUCGAACGAGCCUUUGAGGUCAACUACAGCAUCAACAAAAAUGCCGAUGUCCAGCAUCCCCAUCCCCUGGAGCUCAACGGCAAGCAGAUGACCAUCGUCGAGAAGAUCCCCUUUCCUAUGCUCACAAAAAACAACAAUCGGACACGUAUGCUCCGAAAAAUACUCAACAAUGUGAAGGUCUCUGCGGGUCACAAGCUGACCUCAACCAAUCGAAAGAAACAAGCACUACAGUACUCAGCAGCAAAGGGAUUUCCACUGCCGAAAAGAAAAAUGGGAAACAAUUGUAUUUUUUCAAAGAUGCCAGGACAAAAAAUUUAAGAUAGAGCGUGACUCUAGAGCCUAUCGGAUCUGGAGAAUUACUGUCUAUAAAAUUAAUUAAGAAGUCAAAACGAAACCCGCAGAUCUAAGAGUAUUUCUUUUAUAAACGGGACCCUAAAUAAAGCCGUCGAUGAUUACCAAAAGAAAUACGAGCACUAAAUAUUUAGAUCAGAGAUAGUAAUACCGACAGAUAAAUGCGAAAUAGAACAUGUAAUGAACCAGAAAUGGUUGAAAAGAUCGAGAAAUAUGCCAGCAGGGAAUAGCAUGGCAGCAAGGAAAAUGUAAUGGCUCAAGGCAUCGGCUCGACUCCUCAGGCAUUUGUUCCGCAACUCUUAGAGUUGAUGCUCGGUCCCUCUAGAUGAAGCCCGUAAUGCCGUUCCGGAUUUUGAUCUCACGUGCAAUAUAGCAGGCAAAGAUCACACCGAAGAACUGAGGGCCAUCCGAAAAAAGAAACAAGAACGAAAUGAGGAUUAGCUGGAGGGGAUGUAUUAAAUGUUUGAUCAAUUCACCUGAAGGACGGCAAUGACAACGCCAGCUGCUCCCAGGCUGACCGCAUGCGAGGCAAUAUAAUUGGAGAACCCGUCCAGACAACCGUAGUCGUGCCGCAAACCUUCACUCGUAAAGUUGCCAAAGCAGGAGAAGGUGCCAGCUGCGCCCACGGGAAUCGUGCAGCACGAGAUCGGCAGGGAGGCGUUCGGGAAGGUUACAGCCCAGUCUUUGUAGUCGGACACACCGCAGCAGUCGAAAUCGUGCUGGACAUCGUCCCACAGGGCAGUUGUUGGGCUCUGGUUGAAGGAAUUGUAAUCCUUCAGCGAUUCCGUCAGCGAUGUCUUUAUCAAGGAGCUGGCAUCAUUGCGCAGUACAUAGCCACUGAUGCCGGCGGACAGCUCCAGGAUGAAGAUGAUGGCCAGCAUGAUCGAGAAGCUGAGUACGAGGCAGUAGUUCUCCUUGAGGGCACCCCAGCAGCCGAAGAACGUGAUCAGAAUGAUGAAGGCACCGAUCACAAUGAGGAAUGUCGGGAUCGAGAAGAACUUGCCGGCCAAGAAUAGCUCAUAGCCAGUGUAAACGGCUCCGACGCCGGCACCAACGGCUAUAAGGAUAAUGCCCGUGAUCUGCAAAAAAAUAACAAAUCAUUCGAAAUCUUAACUUUGGUAGUCUACUUUGACAGUUUUCCUAUAUCUUAAGAGAUAAGAUAUUUGUGAGUUCCAUAGCUGGGACAUGUUUUUCUUAUCGAUGGGCUUAACGCAUCAACUUCUUAAAAUGUCGAGAGUUUUCGGAGGAAAAAAUUUAAAAUAUAAUAUGAUAUCAUCUGUAUCUAUUAAUAUCUACAUCUAUGGAUAGGUAUGGGUAAUAUAGAAGGUUGCUCAAUUAUUAAAAACGUUCAUAUCUAUUGAUUAUAUCAAAUGGGUAUUUCUGUCUUUACAUUGUUUAACACGCAAAUAAAUGGAUGCAAAUUAUACGUGA